CGGUGCCCGUCGCUGUGGUCUUCGCCCCGAGAUCGGUGCCUGAGGACCUGCCGAGGCCGCUGCCGUUCGGGGACGUGCAAGAGAUGGAGAUUUCCGUGAAUUGUGAGAGAUCNAUCACGGCCCGCUACGAGAUGGUCUAUCGCAGCACCACGGCUCAGGAGGAGGCAGCGCUGGAUGCGGUUUCUGCACGAGAGGCUGAUGCUGCUCUGCACCUGCUGCAGGACACCUCGUCGGGCUCUCUGACCGUGUACGUGGUCCCCGAAAUCUCCUCUCUCCUGCCUCAGGGCAUCGGUGUCUACGUGGGGAAGCACCGCAGUGCCCUGGUGAGGGCCAGGGGGGGCCUGGCUGCCCUCCGCACCCGCCUCCAGCAGCUCACGCAGGUGAUGUCCUUCACGGCCAGUUCCAUCACUGCCGCCCUCUCGGACCGCCUGCCCGAUGGCCAGCUCGGCCCUGAUGCCCGGCGGCAUUUGAAAUCCAGCCUGGGUACGGACGUGUGCCCCAGCCCUGUUCCCUGACCUGGGGAAAGCCCUCUGGACUGGGAUAUCGAGGAUGCUGUGAACCGCUAUGUGCAGCCUGUCCUGGACAAAUUGAGCUUGGUGGCCAACUUCUCUGUUGACUCGCAGAUCCUGUACUAUGCUGUCCUAGGAGUGACACCACGCUUUGACAAGGAAUCCUCCAGCUUCCUCCUGAGCACUCACAGCCUCCCGCAUGUCAUCAACCCUGUGGAGGCCCGGCUGGGGGAGCACUGCUCCAGCGCUGCCUCGCUCUACCCCGUGCUGAACUUCCUGCUGUAUGUGCCAGAGCGUUCCCACUCCCCUCUGUACAUCCAGGACAAGGAUGGAGCCCCAGUGAGCACCAACGCCUUCCACAGCCCCCGCUGGGGCGGCAUCAUGGUUUACAACGUUGAAGCCCCUGCUUCCCCCCAAGCCUCCCUCCCGCUGCACGUGGACGUGGACAUGGUGCGAGUGAUGGAGGUUUUCCUGGCCCAGCUCCGGUUACUCUUCGGGUUAUCUCGGGAAGAGCUGCCUGCCGAGUUCCUGCUGGAGAGCCCAGGGAACGAGGGGCUGGCUGACUGGGAGCUGGACCGCCUGCUCUGGGCCCACACCGUGGAGAACAUCGCUACCGUGUCCACCACCUUGACCUCACUGGCCCAGCUCCUGGACAAGAUUGGGAACAUUGUCAUCAAAGAUGAUGUUGCCUCUGAGGUGUACCGAGCGGUGGCCUCAGCGCAGAGCGCCAUGGCCAAGCUGACCACGGGCCAUCUGCACCUGGCUUUCCAGGCCAGCAAGGAAGCAGUCACUUCCUCAGAGCGUGCCUUCUUUGACCCAUCUCUCCUCCAUCUCCUCUACUUCCCCGACGACCAGAAAUUUGCCAUCUACAUCCCCCUCUUCCUGCCCAUGGCCGUCCCCAUUCUCCUCUCCCUGGCCAAGAUCGUCCGGGAGACCAGGCAGCAUAAGAAGGAGCCCACCAAGAUGGACUGA